CCAAAACCAAAACCAAAACCAAAACCGAAACCAAAACCAAACUCUCAACAGAAUCUAAACACAAUUGGAUAUGGCUUCCUCUCUUGCUCUUUCUCUCAAGAGAAUCUCUUCUCAUGGUGUCACUACAUCUACUUGGAGACACUUUUCAACUUCAUCAUCACCAUCACUAUCACCAUCAUCUUCAUCUUCUUCUUCGCUGAAUCUUUACUCUGCCAUCAACCAAGCUCUCCACAUCGCCAUGGAUUCCGAUCCUCGUGCUUAUGUGUUUGGGGAAGAUGUGGGCUUCGGUGGGGUUUUCCGCUGCACUACUGGAUUGGCUGAUAAAUUUGGUAAAGACAGAGUCUUCAAUACCCCUCUUUGUGAACAAGGCAUUGUUGGAUUUGGCAUUGGUCUAGCAGCAAUGGGUAAUCGAGCUAUUGCUGAAAUACAGUUCGCAGAUUAUAUAUUUCCUGCUUUUGAUCAGAUUGUCAAUGAAGCUGCAAAGUUCAGAUACCGGAGUGGGAACCAGUUCAAUUGUGGAGGCUUAACAAUAAGAACCCCUUAUGGAGCUGUGGGCCACGGAGGACAUUACCACUCACAGUCCCCAGAAGCUUUCUUUUGCCAUGUUCCUGGUCUUAAAGUGGUCAUCCCUCGAAGCCCAAAGCAAGCAAAAGGGUUAUUGCUGUCUAGCAUACGUGAUCCAAACCCUGUUGUGUUUUUUGAACCUAAGUGGCUAUACCGUUUGUCAGUAGAAGAGGUUCCUGAACAUGACUACAUGUUGCCUUUAUCAGAGGCUGAGGUGAUUAGAGAGGGAAGUGAUAUCACACUUGUUGGUUGGGGUGCUCAGUUAUCCAUUAUGGAACAAGCCUGUGUUGAUGCUGAAAAAGAUGGUAUUUCUUGUGAACUGAUAGACCUAAAAACACUAAUACCCUGGGAUAAGGAAACAGUUGAAGCCUCUGUCAGAAAAACUGGAAGGCUUCUUAUUAGUCAUGAAGCUCCAAUCACUGGAGGUUUUGGUGCUGAAAUAUCUGCUUCGAUCGUCGAGCGUUGCUUCUUAAGGUUAGAAGCACCUGUAGCCAGAGUAUGUGGUUUGGACACCCCCUUUCCCCUUGUUUUUGAGCCCUUCUACUUACCCACCAAGAACAAGAUCUUGGAUGCAAUCAAAUCAACUGUAAAUUACUAAUGGCCUUCUAAUCCUUCUGAUGCAAGCAUAUGGACCGUAUGGGCUGUGGCAUUGAAAUUGGUUCUCUUCAUCAGUCUAAUAUCUUUUCUCAACUUACAAAUUUAUAGAUUUAUGGGAAGAUUCAUGAUUGAUUUUCCCACUAGUUGACAAUUUAUAAAAAUAUGACAGAUUCAUAUAAGUUUAUUUAAAAGAAAUUUUGCACUGAUCUACAUACAAUAGAAAAAUGCAAUUCCACUCCAUUUAUCUUUAUAGAAUAAGCCAAAAAUAAGAGCUUUAUUUAGUGGUAUAAACUUUAUCAUCAAGGUCUUUUGACAUAAACUUACAAAAGUUGAACUCGAGUAAGCUAAAUCUCAUCAUCAUAAU